AAACCAGUGCAAGAACUGAAGUAGCAUACGAAGCAGCAAGAGCUCAAAGACGAGGUGGUGAUCAUGAGCUACUGGGGCACCUCGCCGGCGUGGGGUCCGGGCCGCCGCGGCGGAGGGCCGUCUCCGGUGGUGCCACUCCUCAUCGUGGUGGCCCUGGUCUGGGUCAACUACAACGAGACCCUGACGGAGUGGUACGACAUGGCGGCGAACCUGCCGGAGACGGUGGCCGAGAAUGCCGUCACCCUGGUCCUCGCCGGCGGGCUCCUGAUGCUCGUCUCCGUCCUCCUCAGCCGCCGGAGCGAGGUGGUGAUCGUGCCGGUGGCGCUGGUGCUGUCCAUGCUGCUGCUGCAGAACAUCAUGGUGUUCUUGAUCCUUCUGCUGGUGGCGGCCUACUUCGCCGGCAUAUACUACUUUCCGGCGGCGGACAGCCGGUACGGCGGUGGAGGCGGCGGCGGCGUCUGCUCCGGACUGGGGUUCUACAUGCUGCUGCUGCUGUGCCUGGUGCUGUGCGCCAUGUUCGCCGACGAGGGUGUCAAGUGGUGGAUCCCUGGGACGCUGCUGGCUGCUUCCCUGCUCUGCCUCAACCUCUUCUCAGGUGGUCAGGUCUUGGGCUAUGGAAAUCUCUGAAGAACAAAAAAGAUGAGAUCUUUUUUGUUUUGUUUUUGCAGGACAGAGCACGGUUCUUGGCUUCUUGCCAUUGCCAGAUGAGAUCAUGCAUGUGUAAAAUGAAUAUAUGACUAAACGGUAUAUAUGUGUGUGCAGUGCAGUGUAAAAUAUUGACAUAACUAUGAACA